AUGGGGAACCAGGUGGAGAAACUAACGCAUUUAAACUACGCAGAGGUGCCGACGUCGGACCCGAAUGGGUUCGACCCGGACGACGACGGACCGCGCAUCGGCGUCUCGUACAUCUUCUCCAACGACGACGACGACGAGCAGGACGACAAUUUCGACCACUUUCCCGCCGACGGUCGCGCGGCGAACCACGAGGAGAAGCCUUUCGACCCGCGCGACGAGCUGGCGUGCGCCGUUUACUACCGGGAUGAGUGCGUCUACGAGCGCAGCGUCGGGGCCGCGACGCACUCCGCGGAGAGUCUGCUGAACAAGUGCCGCCCCGGAGACCUGCUGGAGUUCGUGGCCACGGGGCAGUAUCCGCACUGGGCUGUUUACGUCGGGGACUUCCAGGUGGUGCACCUGCACCGCGCUGAGAUCAAGAACAACUUUCUCACCGAAGUCAGUCAGGGCAAAAAAGGCAGGAUCGUCAACGGCCUCUACAGGUACCGCGCGCUCCCGCCGGAGGUGAUCGCGCGUAACGCUCUGGACCACGUGGGGUCCAGGGACCGCGAGCUGUACUGGAGGAACUCGGAGUGUUUCGCCGCCUGGUGCCGCUUCGGCAAACGGGAGUUCAAAAUCGGGGGGGAGAUACGCAUUGGCAAGCAGCCGUACCGGCUAAAGUUGCUCUUCUCGGAGAAGAAGAGUCACGUCCUGGAGUUUCAGAGCUUGGAGGACGUGAUCAUGGAAAAGCGGAGGAACGAUCAGCUCGGCAAAGGCGCGGUGUCUCAAGAGCUCGCCAACCACCUGAACGCGACGCAGGAAAUCAGGGAGGAGCGUUACGUCAACUGAGACUGGCGGUGUCGGAGACCGAUAGAGUGGAGAAGCAACGUGUCGACCUCGAGGAUUCCCCUGUGUUGCUUUGUAUGAGACCAUGGCGCUGCUUUACCCACACUCUGACUGCUCUGUGGACACCGUUCACAGUUACUAUAUGGCUGUGUGCACUUUUCUUGAUUCCCCCCCUGUCUCAACAGUUUAUUUUUCUGGAGAGUAAUUUGUUUGUAUGACAGAAUAUGGAAAUAAAUCUAUAUUUGAACAGUAAA